AUGUCAGCUCUCAAUGACACCGCAUUGAGCUAUGCCGUAUUUCUUCUCAGCAGGAUACCUGGUCAGGAAGAUGUUUAUCUCUGGAUCGCAAUCCUCUUCUGCUUCAUAUACGUAAUUUCUAUAGUAGGAAAUUCAGUCAUUCUAUUCAUUAUAAAAACAGACCCAAGCCUGCAUGAGCCCAUGUACAUUUUCCUCUCCAUGUUGGCUUUUACAGAUGUUGGCUUUCUCAUAACCACCAUGCCGACCAUACUGGGCGUGUACUUGUUUAACUCUAGGGAGAUCGGCCUCGAUGCUUGUUUUGCCCAGCUGUCCUUCAUUGCUGCGCUUCAGUGCACGGAAUCUGCCGUGCUCUUGUUGAUGGCCAUUGACCGCUUCAUUGCGAUCUGCAACCCACUGAGAUACGCCUCCAUCUUAACUCUGCCGAGAAUAUCCAAGAUGGGGCUGGUGUCUGUGCUAAAAUCAGUGGUGCUAGUAUUCCCAUUCCCCUUUCUUCUGAAGCCGUACCGCUACUGUCGAGCCAAUGUCCUCUCCCACUCCUUCUGCCUGAACAUGGAGGUCAUGAAAAUGGCGUGUUCAGACAUCACGGUCAACAACAUCUAUGGCUUGUUCAUUAGAAUCUCAACGAUGGGGCUGGACUUGCUGCUCAUUUUCUUCUCUUAUGUGAUGAUCCUCAAAACAGUGCUGAGCAUCGCGUCCCGUGUGGAGUGCCUCAGGGCCCUGAGCACCUGCGUCUCCCACCUCUGUGCUGUGCUGCUGUUCUACACACCAGAGUUCAGCUUGUCUCUAAUACACAGAUUAGCGAAGGACACUUCUCCUUUGCUUCGGAUUCUUCUGAGCUACGUCUCCCUGCUCGUCCCACCCCUGCUGAAUCCGAUAGUGUACAGCGUGAAAAGCACACGCCUGCGUGCGAGGAUCAUCAAAGUGUUUUUGGGGGGCAGAGGGACUCAGGGAUAG